CCACGCGGCACUGCAACACACAGUGACUACACUCUGCUGCUUAUCCGGGGGAUGUCACACUGCUGCUAUUUUCUCCUCUCCAGUUCCUCUCGCUUUCAGCGUACAUUUGGAGUUGAGAGAAAGGGAGAUUAAAGACACAAAACAAGCCGAAAUGGCAGAGCUUGGUACGGGGAGCCUAUCGUUGUGGGAUCCUACUGUUAAUUAUCAGGAACACGAACUGAAUGAGCGACUCAAGCGGCUUUACCCGGCCGUGAACGAAGAAGAGACCCCUUUACCUCGUUCCUGGAGCCCCAAGGAUAAAUACAGCUACAUCGGGCUGUCACAGAACAACCUGAGGGUCCAUUACAAAGGCCACGGGAAAAACCACAAGGAUGCCGCAUCAGUACGAGCCACACAUCCAAUCCCUGCUGCCUGUGGGAUCUACUAUUUUGAAGUCAAAAUUGUCAGUAAAGGUCGAGAUGGCUACAUGGGAAUCGGCUUGUCUGCUCAGGGAGUCAACAUGAACAGACUGCCUGGAUGGGACAAGCACUCAUAUGGUUACCAUGGAGAUGACGGCCAUUCCUUCUGCUCCUCUGGGACUGGCCAACCAUAUGGACCAACCUUCACCACGGGUGACGUGAUUGGCUGUUGCGUCAACCUCAUCAACAACACAUGCUUCUACACCAAAAAUGGCAUCAGUUUAGGUGUGGCUUUCACAGACCUCCCGCCCAACUUGUACCCCACCGUGGGGCUUCAAACACCGGGUGAGAUUGUAGAUGCAAACUUUGGACAGCAGCCAUUUGUCUUUGACAUUGAGGACUACAUGAGUGAAUGGCGAGCGAAGAUCCAUGGUAUGAUCGCUCGCUUUCCCAUCGGAGAAAGGCUGGGUGACUGGCAAGCUGUCCUGCAAAAUAUGGUAUCCAGUUACCUAGUCCACCAUGGAUACUAUGCCACUGCUACAACCUUUGCAAGAGCAACAGAGACGAUGAUACAAGAAGACCAGACAUCUAUAAAGAACAGACAGAGAAUACAGAAACUGGUGCUGGAAGGACGUGUGGGCGAAGCCAUCGACGCCACACAGCAACUUUAUCCUGGCCUGUUAGAACACAACCCAAACCUUCUAUUUAUGUUGAAGUGUCGUCAGUUUGUGGAAAUGGUGAACGGUACAGACAGCGAGGUCCGCUGCUUGACCAUCCGCUCUCCCAAGUCCCAGAGCAGUUACCCUGGCUCACCCAAUCUUAGCCCUCGUCAGGGAGCUGGAAAUUCACACUCACACACUGGAGGUGUAGACAGCCCAACCUGCAGUAAUGGGGUGACUCCCACCAAAAAAUCCAAGAGCCACAGCAGCGUUAUUAGCAGCAUCGUCAAAUACCCCAGCACGUCCUCCUCAGCCUCCUCGUCCACCUCCUCCUCACCUUCAUCCAUCAACUACUCAGAAUCUAAUUCCUCCGACUCCACCAAGAGCCAGCCACACAGCGCCAAUAGCAACCAAGAAACCAGUGACAGUGAGAUGGAAAUAGAAGCAGAACACUACACCAAUGGAGUUGUUGAGGUGCCGUCUGCUCGGAUCAUGAAUGGCACAUAUAAACACGAAGAGAUCCUUCAGCCAGAUGACAACAGCAUUGGCAAUGGUGUCACAGAGGAGGAGGGUUAUAGAAAUAGUAGACAACUUUGCGGAGGGAACCAGGCGGCCACAGAGAGGAUGAUACAGUUUGGACGGGAGCUGCAGGCACUAAACGAAAAGCUGUGUCGCGAUUACGGCAAGAACACAACACACAAGAAAAUGUUGCAGGACGCAUUCAGUCUGCUAGCGUACUCGGAUCCGUGGAACUGCCCUGUGGGCCAGCAGUUAGACCCCACACAGAGAGAGUCACUCUGCUCCGCACUCAACAGCGCCAUACUGGAGUCCCAAAAUCUGCCCAAGCAGCCUCCUCUGGUGUUAGCGCUGGGUCAGGCUACCGAGUGUGUACAGCUUAUGGCUCGGGUUCGAUCUGGUUCCUGCUCCUUUGCCAGAGUAGACAACUUUUUGCUCUAGCCCUUGUGUUGGUUUAUAUUACGUUGCACUGAAAGAGGGCAAGUCCAGCAGGUAGUUGUCAAAGCGACGGAGAAGAAAGCAUGCGUGUGAUUGGUGUGUUUGGUUGACUAUCAGAAGCGGAGCCAGUGGCCCAGACAAAAAGAGCAGAGAGUAGAAAAGAAAGCUUCCUUUUUAAUUUAGUAUUAUCAAAUAAAUGUGUGACACUAUUUAAAGAAUAUUAAUUCAAUUUUCUGUUUAUCUAGACAUUUUAUUUCUUUUUUUUUGUCAGUUUGUUGUGCUCAUUUCCACAUUUCCGACAAACAUUUAGUCAUGAUCUCCCCUUUUUUUUGUUUUUUUCAUGGGUGGAUUUUGGCUCCUAAAUAAAUAUUUCACUUUUGAUGUUCACCAUAUCCUGCAUCACGAUGUUCACAGCUAGUUACCAUGGUGAUUAUCACACCUGUAGGUCACCCUUAAUAAGAUACAAGUCCCUGAAAUAUACACUUGGAAGUGUAUCCAUGUUAUUUUCACAAUUUAAAUCAGAAGCAGAGUACAGCACAAUGCUAGCCCGUUGUGGUCAACGCCUUUGUUUCUUUCAGAAAUAAGCUACAUUCGCUACUCAUUUAUGCAAAUCGACAUUGUUACUUACAGUAAAUCCUUUUAAUAAUAUAUUGCUUCUCUGUAUUCUUCACCUGCAUCCAGUCUAUUCUAUUGUAUUUACCAUUCUAUGUAAGGUAAAUACAAACUAUAGGGAUUCAUGUGUGAGACUACUACAAAGGGGAUAAUUCAUAUCAAUAUAUAAUGUCAUAAUUAGCCCUAAACUUGUAAUUCUCUUACAUAACUGGAUGAUUUAGAAGAUAAUUUGUUCAUCUGUAAGCAAGUUUCCAUCUGAAUUGUACAAGUGGUCCUCGAGUUACGUUCAGGUUCUGUUGCUGGACCGAGAUAUAAGUCAUGUUUUGGUGCAAAUCAGAUCUUGUACCUUCAGGACCUACAUAUUUUUGGACUCGCUUCAGAGAUAAAAAUUAUAACUGCGCUGGUUAUCUAAUGUAUGCAAGAUAUUUAAUGAUAUUGUUUUACAUCAAAAUCGCUUCUGUUUAUACAAUAGAUGUAAGCAUUUGAUAAUAAUAUUUAUAUUUUGAACAUAUUGAAGUUGCACUUGGGCUGCACGGUGGACGAGUGGUUGGCAUGCAGACCUCACAUCUGAGUUCAAUUCCAACAAAUCCUGUUGUUUUUAGGUUUUUAAGGUCACUUAAAAUUCCCAAAUUUCCAAGUUCACUGUUGUUUCCGUCUUGUUUUCAGUGAGCUAGUUGCAGUUGGGCUGCACGGUGGACGAGUGGUUGGCAUGCAGACCUCACACCUGAGUUCAAUUCCAACAAAUCCUGUUGUUUUUAGGUUUUUAAGGUCACUUAAAAUUCCCAAAUUUCCAAGUUCACUGUAGUUUGUCUUGUUUUCAGUGAGCUAGUUGCAGUUGGGCUGCACGGUGGUCGAGUGGUUGGCAUGCAGACCUCACACCUAAGUUCAAUUCCAACUAAUCCUGUUGUUGUUAGGUUUUUAAGGUCACUCGAAAUUCCCAAAUUUCCAAGUUCUGUCUUGUUUUCCACGAGCUAGUUGUUUGUUGGGCUGCACGGCGGUCCAGUGGUUAGCGCGCAGACCUCACAGCUAGGAGACCUGAGUUCAAUUCCACCCUCGGCCAUCUCUGUGUGGAGUUUGCAUGUUUCCCACAUUCCAAAAACAUGCUAGGUUAAUUAGCGACUCCAAAUUGUCCAUAGGUAUGAAUGUGAGUGUGAAUGGUUGUUUGUCUAUAUGUGCCCUGUGAUUGGCUGGCGACCAGUCCAGGGUGUACCCCGCCUCUCACCCGAAGACAGCUGGGAUAGGCUCCAGCACCCCCCGCGACCAUCGUGAGGAUAAGCGGUAGAAAAUGAAUGAAUGAAUGUCUUUUUUCAGUUACACACAAUAACAGCUUUCUAGAUCUUCCAGAAUCUGUACCUUUUUAUUUUAUUUUUUUUAAAGCCCACAUACUACCACUAAAACAAGUGAUUACUGUCGCUUGCAUAACAUUUUAACAUGCUUAACGAUACGAUCUUCAUCCUUAAUGUUGGUCGUGAUAGUCGAACAUUUAUUACCUUUUAAAAAAUUUAUGGGAGCGCAUAAGUUACCAGGCAACAACGUAACCCAAGGACCACCUGUACUUUUUUUUAUGCUAUGCUUCCCCCCCACAUCGAUUUGUUAUUGUACUCAGUGUUGUGUGUGAUCAUCAAACAAAUUAGCAUAUUAGUCAAUGACAAAGCUAAUAACCGGUUGGGCCACUCUUAGCAGCAACAACUGCAAUCAAAUAUUUGCUAUAACUUGCAGUGAGUCUCCAAAAAUACUGUGGAGGAAUUUUGGCCUAUUCAUCUUUGCAGAAUUGUUGUAAUUCAGCCACAUUGGAGGCUUUUCCAAUGACUUUUUCAUCCUGGCAAAUGACACAUGGAUCCACGUCCACUCAUGUAAUAAGUCAACAACUUGACUCUCUUCUCACAAACUGUUCAGUUUCAUUGUUACACAAAACCUUCCAUUUCAUCCCUGAAGGAAGCGAGCUCCUUGCCGUUGUUUGAGUCCGGAUCUGCUUUGAAUCCUUGCAUAUAGACCACGACCACUGGUCUGAUAGUGACUGAUCGGAGUCCAAAGUUCCAAAGCCUCACAGCCAUUUUUCCUGAAGAGGCUGCAGAAUUGUGGCGUGAGGCAUCGCGUAAAAAGCAGUGCAAAACUGACUCCUAUUUGUGAUUUUGAUUUCAUAUUUUACGUUUUAGCACAAUAAAGGAUUUUUUUUUUAAGUUAAGCGUCUACUUAGCAUGAUCUAUUAAAAAAGUUAAACAUUAUAAUGG